UGAAGAAAGACGAAAGCCAAAAAUGGCUCUCUGCGUUCUCUCAGCAAGCUCGGUGCCCAGAAUCUGCGCUCGCACUUCCUCUACCAAGCCCAUCGGCGUCACGCGAAGAGCGUCGCGUCCCAAAGCCCCGACUCCUCACCGUCUUGAGCUGCGGGGACGGAGCUCGGUCCGCCGUCUGAACGCGGCCGGAUUGUCCGAGAUCGAACCAGACCUGAACGAAGACCCGGUGGACCGUUGGGCCACGAACAGCGUCGAUGCAGAGGACUUUAAGUAUGGAGAGUAUGAUGAGCACCACACUUAUCACGAAGGGGAGGAGAAAGGAACUUUCUGGGGAGCAAUUGCUGAAGAUAUUGCUGCAGUCGAACCACCAACUGGCUUUCAGGGGCUCAUAUCGUGGCUUUUCCUUCCAGCGGUCGCUGCAGGAAUGUACUUUGAUGUUCCGGGAGAGUACUUGUUCAUUGGAGCGGCUCUCUUUACUGUCAUCUUUUGCAUAAUUGAGAUGGACAAGCCCGAUAAGCCCCACAACUUUGAGCCCCAGAUUUACAACAUGGAAAGAGGGGCCCGUGAUAAGUUAAUAGCUGACUACAAUACGAUGGACAUUUGGGAUUUCAACGAGAAAUAUGGAGACCUGUGGGACUUCACUGUCAUAAGAGAUGAUAUAACCAAGAGAAUAAACUAAAGAUGGCAAUUGUUCUUUUACAAUCUUGCAAUGUAGCGUGCAAAGCUUCUUUGGAGGGCUUUAGUGCUUCAUCUGAACUGCUUUUCAGGGGCCACGAGAACAAUAAUUUUAGUAGCACGCUUCUUGUUAUACCUCUGUCAGUUUGCCCGUAUGCUCGAUAAGGACUCUUGCUCGCAGUGCAGUCCAACUGAUAUGGUGAGUUGACGUGCUAAAGACUAUUCGACCGAGUUAUUCUCGUGGUACUAUAGAUAUGUGCAUAGUUGUAGCUUUCCAAGAAGAGGCCAUCUUCUUGUUAUGAGUUUCUCAACCCCAUACUUGUUUACUUAUGACCUCACGAGUAUCGAUAUUGGUCCGUUAAACUUUGUCCUAUGGUCACUCAUGUUUUCAAUGUGCUUGCUCAAAAAAUGUAUGAGCACUGUCGUCUGCAUCUGAUGCA